GAGCUGCUGGCGCAAGGCAAUUCCCAUGAGGCCUUGCGGGAAAUCAACCGGAAGUAAAUCUCGUCUAGUCAUCUCUGGAUGUCAGAAAGGACGGCACAAGAAACUCUCUGUAAAACUUCAAUUCAUAAAAAAACACACAUUUAAGCAAACACAUUCUGUACAUACGCGCUGUAUGAGCUACUAGUGCCAGGAAAAUACAACUGCAACACCCACCAGGCGGAAGUAGAUUCCGUGAGCAAGUAGCUGAAACAAGACAACUUUCUGGACUCCCCAUUAAAGGUUUGUUUAAACUAUCUGGACUCCCCAUUAAAGGCCUCACAAAGAGAUGGAGCGGCUGCCAGGAGGAGGCACGUUAUCAGCCCUGAUCUUAGCCAGCCUGGGGGUCUUGCUUCUGUAUCGUGUCCUCCGCCGACUCAGAGCGGGCGCUUCACUCCAGGACGCCGUGGUGGUCAUCACGGGCGCCAGCUCCGGACUGGGCAAAGAAUGCGCUGGCGUCUUCCAUAGGGCGGGGGCUCGACUGGUGCUGUGUGGGCGGGAUGCAGCACGACUGCAGCAGGUGGUCCAGGAGCUGCUGGAAGGUGCCAAGGAUAGGAAGCAGCAGUUGUACACGCCAAGGACGGUGACCUUUGACCUGUCCAGCACAGACUCUCUGGACGGCGCUGCUGAGGCCAUCAUGAAGUGUUACGGCCAAGUGGACGUGCUCCUCAACAAUGCUGGAAUCAGUUACCGUGGCAACAUACUGGACACCCAGCUGUCCGUUCACAAGGAAGUCAUGGCAACCAAUUACUUUGGGCCUGUGGCUCUCACGCAAGCUCUCCUGCCCGCCAUGGUCCGCAGGCGCAGCGGCCAUGUUGUGGUCAUCAGCAGCGUCCAGGGCAAGAUCGCCAUUCCUUACAGAUCAGCCUACUCCGCCUCCAAGCACGCCACCCAGGCCUACUUCGACUGCUUGCGGGCCGAGGUGGAGCGCUACGGCAUCGCUGUGACCGUCAUCAGCCCGGGAUACAUCAGGACUAACCUGUCCGUCAACGCCGUCACUGGGGACGGCUCCAAAUAUGGAGUGGUGGACCCCACAACGGCCACAGGUCAUGACCCCAGAGACGUGGCCCAGGCCAUCCUGAGAGCCGUGCGUGUCAAGAGUCAAGACCUAAUCCUGGCUGGACCACUGCCCACUGCUGCCAUCUACCUGCGCACGCUAUGCCCCGCCCUCUUCUUCGCCAUCACCAACUAUCGUGCUCGCAAGCAGCACAAACACAAACAUACUUGAGUCCUCAGGGAGGCGCCAUGGAGGGCUCGCUGACAGCCAGCUCUUGAGGCGCCCUGGAGGGCUCGCUGACAGCCAGCUCUUGAGGCGCCAUGGAGGGCUCGCUGACAACCAGCUCUUGAGGCGCCAUGGAGGGCUCGCUGACAACCAGCUCUUGAGGCGCCAUGGAGAGCUCGCUGACAGCCAGCUCUUGAGGCGCCAUGGAGGGCUCGCUGACAGCCAGCUCUUGAGGUGCCAUGGAAGGCUCGCUGACAGCCAGCUCUUGAGGCGCCAUGGAGGGCUCGCUGACAGCCAGCUCUUGAGGCGCCAUGGAAGGCUCGCUGACAACCAGCUCUUGAGGCGCCAUGGAGGGCUCGCUGACAGCCAGCUCUUGAGGCGCCAUGGAGGGCUCGCUGACAACCAGCUCUUGAGGCGCCAUGGAGGGCUGGCUGAUAGCCAGCUCUUGAGGCACCAUGGAGAGCUCGCUGACAACCAGCUCUUGAGGCGCCAUGGAGGGCUCGCUGACAACCAGCUCUUGAGGCGCCAAGGAAGGCUCGCUGACAACCAGCUCUUGAGGCGCCAUGGAGGGCUCGCUGACAACCAGCUCUUGAGGCGCCAUGGAGGGAUCGCUGACAACCAGCUCUUGAGGUGCCAAGGAGGGCUCGCUGACAACCAGCUCCUGAGGCGCCAUGGAGAGCUUGCUGACAGCCAGCUCUUGAGGGGCCAUGGAGGGCUCGCUGACAGCCAGCUCUUGAGGCGCCAUGGAGGGCUCAUUGAAGGCCAGCUCUUGAGGCGCCAUGGAGGGCUCGCUAACAGCCAGCUCUUGAGGCACCAAGGAGGGCUCACUGACAGCCAGCUCUUGAGGCACCAAGGAGGGCUCGCUGACAGCCAGCUCUUGAGGGGCCACGGAGGGCUCGCUGACAGCCAGCUCUUGAGGGGCCACGGAGGGCUCGCUGACAGCCAGCUCUUGAGGGGCCACGGAGGGCUCGCUGACAGCCAGCUCUUGAGGCGCCACGGAGGGCUCGCUGACAGCCAGCUCUUGAGGCACCAUGGAGGGCUCGCUGACAGCCAGCUCCUGAGGCGUUAUGGAGGGCUCGCUGACAGCCAGCUCCUGAGCCAGGUCGUUGAAGCGAGCGAUGUAGUCUACACUGCUCUCACUCAUCAUGCAGGCCAGCUGGGAGUCAACCUGGAACACACACACACACACACACACACACACACGCACACACAUCACUUCUCAUUCUCUCUGUCUGUCUCUGUGUGUGUGUGUGUGUGCGUGUGUGUCUGUGUCUGUGUGUGUGUGUGUGUCUGUAUCUGUGUGUGUGUGUGUGUGUGUCUGUAUCUGUGUGUGUGUGUGUGUGUGUGUCUGUGUGUGUGUGCGUGUGUGUCUGUGUCUGUGUGUGUGUGUGUGUCUGUAUCUGUGUGUGUGUGUGCGUCUGUGUCUGUGUGUGUGUGUGCGUCUGUGUCUGUGUGUGUGUGUCUGUAUCUGUAUCUGUGUGUGUGUGUGUGUGUGUCUGUAUCUGUAUCUGUGUGUGUGUGUGUGUGUGUGUGUGUGUGUGUGUGUGUGUGUGUGUGUGUGUGUGUGUGUGUGUGUGUGUGUGUGUGUGGUGAAAUGAAAAAGAAGAUUAAGGCCCCUCAAUCAAUGAAGCGAUACGGCACCAAUUCCUGCUACUUGUAAUAAAUGUUUGAUGAUGAAAUGUUA